GCAAACACAACACAAGCGCGAUCGAGUAAGUACAGUUUCCUCCACGGUUUAGCACUUUCCGCGUGUUCGUGACAAUGAUAGAAUUCCACUCAUACGGCUUUCAUAAUCUAUCUAAAAUCACUAGAAAUUUGUUGAUGAUUCUGGCCUGCGUGCAAAUUUGUCUAACUGAAGACGGAGAACCAAGAUCGAAGCCCAACGACAUUUCAAUUAAACCUCUUGCUACAAUAGCAACGCUACAUUUAGUGGAGAAAGCUGCAAACGGAAGCGGUAACAGUACUGAAGUACUCGACAACACUUGUUCACCUGUGCUCCGGUGCCCAGAAAAUAUUACAAAUGUCCACUACGUCCAUGGCACUGCAUUUGUGGCUGAUCAGACUGAUUAUCUGGCCAUCUACUGCCAAGGAUCUGGAAUCCGAUUUCGUAGCACUGACUUCUUUGCUCGUGACCGCUCGUUCCAUGCCGCAGUUCCCAUAACAGCAGUGCGCGAUGGAAAAGCUGCCUUUAUUGAACAUGUCAUAAUUGCGUAUGAAGGAUAUCGCGGCGUUAUUCUUAAAAUCGAAGUCUGGGAUGGAGACACGAUAAUGGUCACGUAUGAUCCGCUAAAACGCCCACCCAGAACAGCUCCCGGAACUGACAUAACAAUCGGCGUCAACCAAGUUCUUACGACAUCUAUGGGUAUCAGUGUGUGGGUUAGGUUGAGCCUAGAUACAUCCGUUACGCUGAAAUCUGCCGGUGUUCGUUAUCGGUAUCAAUAACGGUCAUUUUAGUAACUCUGACCUUUUUCUUAUACAUUAAGUACGUAAUUGAUUAGCGACUGUUUACUAAUGUAGCGGCAAUAGCCCGGCAAAAAAUUCUGAUGAGAGUAAU